UUUAGGCGCACUUUUUUCUGGCAGAGAGCCAUUUCCGUGACUGGCAAAAAACAUUCUGCCGCGACAGAAGAGCAAGAGGUUUCUGGAGGCCACGUUGGACAUUAUCAACCUCCAGCGAGAACCUUGCGUUUCUCUGUUUCUUCAGCCUUCUGGACAGGUGCUGUCUGCAAAGGUCUAGUCCAUCGGGUGUUAGAGGCAUACCUCACAGAACAUCCUAGUUCAUGCAAAGAAAAAGCAUGGAAAUCCUGCGCUACUUUUCUAAGGUCCCCAAGGAGCAGAAUGAUCCCAUAAUUUCUCAAAGGAAAAUGGAAUGUAGAAAAAGACCAAAGGAGGUGAUCAAAAACCAGGACCAAAGAUCACACUGCGAUCAAAAAGCUCCACGAGUUCAGAGCUCUUUCCAAAAUACAACAAUUACCAUCACCUUUGGUGUAAGCCAUGCAGUCUGUGAGGUAGCAGAUAAGGGGACAGGUAGCUUAUAUGAGGCACUGAACACCCUUGACCUUGUCAAAAGAGAGAUAGAAAAACAGCCAGGCAAAGAAAUGCUGGUGUGUGGCAAAGAAGGAAUAGAAGGGUACAUAAACCUCGGUAUGCCCCUUCGUUGUUUUCCACGGGGCAGCCAUGUGGUCAUUACAUUUUCCAAAACUGAAAGUGAGAAGAAAGAAGACAACGAAGUGUGUGGCCGCUUUGACCAGUCAUCUGCUGAGUGUGUUGUAUUUUACAUUCAUGCAGUCGGGAAUGGGGAGCAAAGAAUUUUGAGGUGCAGGGAACUUCACGAGGAGGGCAUCAAACUCUGUGUCUAUGGCUUCAAGGGAGAGACCAUCAAGACCACUCUGAGGAAGGAUGGCAGGUUUCGCUCCUUUGUAGAGAGUGACCAUUGGAAACUCAUUAACAAUGACACCAUCGUAGCAAACAGCAAGCCAGUUGAUGUGUUAGAGGGUAAGCUCUUUCAGAUUGAUGUUGAGAGAAAGAAGAGCCCUCGGAAGGCAGUGGCAACUCAGAAGUCUGAGUUAGAGGACGGAAACUUCACUAUAUUAAAAGAAUACAUUGUGAAUUUGUACCCCACGUUAAAAAGAGAACGGGAAGAGCUGAGAACAUACAUCAAGGAAGAGAGUGAGAAAAGAGAGAACACUUCCUUACUCAAAGCACAUAGAGAAAGCUUCAGGAAGCUGACCCAAAGCUCCAUCCCAGGUAAAGUCCUCACACUUCUUUCCCAGCUCAGUGACUCAGUUGGGUUCAUAGUUUGGAACAACAAUGGAAACAGGGGUAGUGCUACUUGCUUCCUCUUUAAAGGGCUGUACAUUUUCACUUGCCGACAUGUAAUAGAUGACGUAGUAGGGGAAGGCAUAGAGCCAAGUAAGUGGGCAGAUAUAAUUGGGCAGUGUAUAAGAGUGACGUUUGAUUUUCAAGUGUUCCCUGUCAAAGAGGACAGCUAUCAUUUUGUUGAACCUUGGUUUGAGGUGUCUGAUGUCACUCUUGACUAUGCUGUCCUGAAACUGAAGGAAAGAGGACAGCACAUCUCUACGGGACUCGGUAAUGGAACACCUUCUGAAUCACUUAGUGGAUUUCUGUUUAUGAUUGGUCAUCCAGAUGGAAAAUGUAAGGUUGUUGAUGGUUGUACUGUGAUGCCUGAAGGCAAGCAAAGAAGGGAAUGUGAGGGUAUUCGUGGAAGAGAAGCAGUGGGUAGCGGGGAUCCUAUGCAGUAUAUCUAUAUGUACACCCAAAGAAGUUUCCAGGAAAAAGUCCAUGAACCUGGUGUGGUUACCCGGGAUAACACUUUUUAUUGUGGGUCUUCGGGAUCUCCUGUAUUCGAUUCUAAAGGGUCACUGAUAGCCAUGCACACUGCUGGCUUCAUUUGUGAGUAUGAAAGUGGGGUUUCCAGUAUCGUCGAGUUGGGAUCUUCAAUGAAACACAUCCUCGAUGAUAUUAAGCAAAAACAUGAAAAAUGGUACAAUGAAAUCUGUGUAUUCAACGGGAUGUAGAAAUAGUGAGUCUGAGAAUUCCAUUUCCUAUUUGCUGUAGGAAGUCCUAUAGCCAGUGGUUCCCCGCCCACUGGGGCGUUGCCUCCAGUCCAAUAUAAGCCAAUGUAGAGGAUGCCUCUGCUCCCUUUUUCUGGCUGCGGGAUUUGCUUGCUGUUCUUAUUUCAAGCAGAGAAUUCUAAUUAGUGAGUCUACCCCUAAAUAGAUAAGCAUCUAUUUCUGAAUUCUGAGCUAGUGUGGGAUGUUUUUUUAAAGCAUCCUUCUUUACCUAUUGUUAGAGCAGUUGCCUCUGCAUAGUUUUUGUGUAGGCAAUGAUAAUACUUUUUUUGGACUUUUAGAUGGCGAUUUUUCUUUCAUGAACAAUUGAUGUUUUAGUCUAUGUCCUAUAUAUACCAUGCAUUUUUGAUUGUAAAUAAUUUUUCAGUGUAUUCUGAUCACAGUUUCUCCUCCCUCAACCCCUCCCAGAUAAUCCCCAUCUUCCCACCCACACAAAUUCACACUAUGUUUUUCUUUCUUCUAUAAGAAAACAAGCAUUGGUGACCUAUUAGAUCAGCCCCACCGUCUCAGUGGGUGGGCGCACCCCUAGCGGUCCUGACUUCCUUGCUCAUGUCCUUCCUCCUCAUUUGGACCUUGGGCACCAGUCCAGUGCUCCGUGGUGGAGCUGAUCUAAUGGGUGUUCACCAAAGCAAGCUGGACUGGGACUGAUGGAACAUGUGAUCAAACCGGACUCUCUGAACGUGUCGGACAAGGAGGGCUGACUGAGAAGCCAAGGACAGUGGCACUGGGUUUUGAUUCUACUGCAUGUACUGGCUUUGUGGGAGCCUAGUUUAUUUGGAUGCUCACCUUCCUAGACCCGAAUGGAGGGAGGAGGACCUUGGACUUCCCACAGGGCAGGGAACCCUGACUGCUCUUUGAAAUUGAAAUGGAAGGGAGGGGGAGGGAUAUGUGUGGAGGAGGAGGGAAAUGGGAGGAGGGGAGAAGGUGGAAAUUUUUAAGUAAAAAUAAAAAUUAAAGAUUUCCACUAAAAAGGUUAAAAUUAAUCAUUCUAUUUUAAAUUAUGUAAUGGUUAAUGUCUUCUGUAAACUGUUUGUCAUGUAAAUUUUAAUAUGGGGAGAUGACAUACUAACCAUAAAGAACUCCUGUACUAGUUUCAUAAUUCUGGCAACAUAAAGUUAUUUCAAAAUAAGCAGUUAGAAAAGACAGGCCAAUUUAGGAUAUUAAUUCCUUUGUACAAGCAAAACUAGGCAAGAAUGAUGGAGGAGGGUCAUCAGUUUAUCUCUGGCUUUCAUUGGUUAAUUAAUAAAGAAACUGCUUGGCCUGAUAGGUCAGAACAUAGGUGUGUGGAGUAGACAGACCAGAAUGCUGGGAAGAAAGGAAGUGAGUCAGACGCCAUGGAGCCAGCUGCCAUGUCAGACAUGCUGAAUCUUUCCUGCUAAGCCACCACCUUGUGGUGCUACACAGAUUACUAAAUAUGGCUUGAAGCAAGAUGUGAGAAUUAGCCAAUAAGGGGCUACAGAUAAUGGGCCAGGCAGUGUUUAAAAGAAAAAAAAAGAAAACAAGCAGGCAUCUAAAAAGAUAAAUGAAACAACAACAACAAUAACAACAAAACAGGAUUGGAACCAAGAAACAGAAAAGAGAGCCAAAGGAAAAGAAACACAAAAACACAUACAUUCACACGCAAAGAAAUAAUGUAAAAAAUAUAAAACUGCUAACACCAACCUAUAAGCAAAUAACAUACCAUAUUUGUCAGCCUGGGUCAGAUUUACCUAUCUGAGGAUGAUUUUGUUCUAGCUCUGUUCACUUCCCUGCAAAUUUUAUCAUUUGAGGGUCCUUUUCUUUUCUUUUUUUGUUACCAUCAAGUAUCAUAGCAGUUUUAUUCUUGUUUUAAUGUUAUGAUAGAUAGCUUUAAUUUUUUUAUUCUGAAAGACCACAACUACAGAAAAUUGAACAAAAUGUGGAUAUGACACUCUGAUUUCUGAUCGCCCAGAACAAUGUCAUCUCUACCCCAUUUGAGGGUCUUUUUAACUACUUAGUAAUAUUCCAUUUUCUUCUUCCACUUAACUGCUGAUAGACAUCUAGGCUGUUUCCAGCUGAACGUGGUUGAUCAGUGUUUCUGUAGUAGGAAUCAGAAUCCUCUAGGUAUAUUCCCAGGAGUGGUAUAGCUAGAUCCUGAGGUAGACCUAUUCCCAGCUUCCUGAGGAUCCUCCACACUGUUUUUCCUUAGUGCCUGUACAAGUUUGCACUCCCACCAGCAGUGUAUGAAUGCUUCCCUUAUAUCACACCUUCAGUAUGCGCUAUCUCUUAUUUUAUCGAUCUUGGCCAUUCUGACUGAUGUAAGAUGACAUCUCAAAGAAUUUUGAUUUGCAUAUACUUGAUGACUAUUGGCCAAUUGUAUGUCGUCUUUUGAGAAUUCUCCAUUUAGAUUUUUACUCCAUUUAAAUGGCUUAUCUGCUUUCUUGAUAAACAUAAACAUGCCCUUUUAGUUUUUAAUCUGUGUGUGUGCAUGUGUGUAUUUACCACACAAUUGGAUAUAGUUGGUAAAAUCGUUUCCCAUUCUGUAGUCCGCCACUUUGUGAUGUGGAAUUCCCCACUGUAUGCUGUGAAUAUGAUCAGGUAAUAAAGAAUCUGUCUUGGGCCUGGCAGGGUAGAAUAGAGGUAGUCAGGGUAAACUAAACUGAAUGCUGGGAGAAAGAAGUUGGAGUCAAGGAGACACCAUGAACCUGCCGCUGGGAACAGACAUGCAUAGGAAACUUGCCUGUAAGCCACAACCACAUGGCGGUACACAGACUAAUAGAAAUAGGUUAAAUUAAGAUGUAAGAGUUAGCUAAUAGAAAGCUAGAGCUAAUGGGACAAGCAGUGAUUUAAUACAGCUUCUGUGUGGUUAUUUUGGAGCUUAGCAGCUGGGGACAAAUAAGCGUUCUCUUACAACUUUGUCUAAAUGAUGGUGUUCUUUGCCAUAUAAAAGCUUUUACUUUUAAUAAGGUCCCAUUUAUUAAUUAUUUUUCUUAGUGCCUGUGCUAUCAAUGUCCUGAACAGGAAAUCUUUCCUAUGUCAAUGAGCACAAGGGUAUCCCCCACUUCUUUUUCUAUUAAUCUUGGGGUCUAUGACUUUAUGUUGAAAUGGUUGAUCCAUUUGAAGUUGAGCUUUUUUCAGAGUGAUAAAUAUGGAUCUCUUUGCAUUCUUCUACAUAGAGAUAUCCAAUAUGACUAGCAGUAUUUGUUGACAACGCUGUCUUUCUCCAGUGUGUACUUCCAACUUAUUUAACAAAACCCAGGUUCUCAGAGGUGUGUGGAGUUAUGUCUAAGUCUUCAAUUCUAUUCAUUGAUCACCAUGUCCAUUUUAAUGCCAAUACCAUGCAAUGUUUAUUACUAUAGCUCUCCAGCACAGGCUGAGGUCAGGCAUGGUGAUGUCUCCAGAAGUUCUUUUAUCAUUCACAAGUGUUAUAGCUAUCCUGAGGUGUUUGUUUUGUUUGCCUUUUUUUUUUUUUUGGUUGCUGUUGUUUUCCAUAUGAAGCUGAAAAUUAUUCCCUAAACUGUUUUUGGUCUCACAGUUUUGCUUGUUUUGUUGUUGUUUACUUGUUUUUAUAAUGAUAUUUUAUUUAUGCUUUAAUAAAUAAAGCCUACCUGAAGAUCAGAGGGUAAAACUAAACCACUAGAGGUCAGGCAGUCACGUCACACACCUUUAAUCCCAGGAUUUGGGAGAUAGAGGCAAAUGGAUAUCUGUGAGUUCAAGGCCAACCUGGGCUAUACAGGAUCAUCAGUGCAGAAAAAAAUCCAGAUGGUGGUUGCUCAAAUGUUUAAUCCUAGUACUAAGGGACUCAGGGCUCAGUCUGUAGUCAUCCAGCCUUGGUAGAGGUAAGACUUCUCUAGAGGCUUGGCUGUUUUGCUUUUCAGAUCUUCAGCUUGGACCCCAAUAUCUAUCUUUGGGUUUUUAUUAUUCAUGUUACAGCUUUUUUGUAUCACAGAAACAGAAUGGGAAAUAAUUCUAACACCCAGACAUUCAACUUUCAGAGUAAACUUCAUCAAUAGUAAUAUUCUGCUUAGUUAUGUACUACCCUAGCUGAUUAGCCAACAAAGCUCUCUCCAACCAUCAAUUGCUUACAGCAACUAUCAAUUGCUUCAAGUGUUCACCUUCAUAGGGAAAAUGUCAGAGGCAACAACUGACAAUAAAAUGGUGAGUCAUUGGUUUGUUUUAGAUCAUUUUUAUCAAUUCUUUGAGAAUUCCAUGCAGUGUAUUUUAACCAUAUUCAUUCCUACUUGUUGCAGAUCCACCCCCACCUUUUUCCCUACCCAGUUCUAUGUCUCUUCUCCUUUCAUGUUUCCCAUAUGCUCUGUCCAUAUACUUCUAAAUGUGGGGCCACCCAUUGGAGUGUGGUCUACCUACCAAAAACCACGCCCUUAAAGAAAACUGACUCCUAGUCCCCUAGAAGCCAUCAAUUUUCCAUAGCUCCACAGUUAAUAUUGGGGCAGAGAUCAACUAAUUCUAUUUCUGACCGAUACCUGGGUUUACUUAGUAUCAAUAACUGUCUUAGUUAGGGUUUCUAUUGCUGUGACAAAACACCAUGAGCAAAACCAACUUGGAGAUGAAAGGGUUUAUUUUAACUUACACCUUGUAACCCACUGCUCAGGAAAGUUGAGGCAGGAACCUGGAGGUGGGAACUGAAGCAAAAGCCAGGAAUGAAUGUUGCUGACGGGCUUACUCUCAAGGCCUGCUUGGUUAGCUUUCUUCUAGAACCCUGACUACUUGUCCAAGGGUGGCAUGUCCUGCAGUGGCCUGGGUCUUCUCGUAUCAACAGCUAAUUAAGAAAUGGCACCACAAGCUUGCCUACAUGCCAAACUAGUGGGGAUGUUUUCUCAGUUGAGCUUCCCUCUUUCUUUGUGACUCUAGCUUGUGUCAAGAUGACCAAACACUAGCCAGCACACCACCUUCUUAGACCGUAGAAAUGUUUAUUUCUGCAGUUUGCCCAAAUGCUCAACUCCUUACCUGCUAUUUUCAUGGCUUAGUCACACUGGUAUCUGGUGACACAGGCUGUGUCUUGAUGUAGUGUAUCUCCAUUGGUUAAUGUGUACAGAGAUGUAGUACACGGCAAAUAUUUCAAUACAUGCAUUCUGGAAGUACAGUGAAAGUCUCUGAAACACAGAUACAUCUACAUGUCCAUGAAUGCUGCUGAUACAUGGACACAGAACAGUAGUAAAUACACAUGUGUGUUAAUUUGUAUGUGAAUGAGAAAUAACACAUUAACGAGAGGAUGUGUUUAGGCUGGUUUUGCUUGUUUGUUUGGCUUUUCUUUUGUUUUUAUGUGUAUGGUAUUUUGUCUGAACAUAUGUCUAUAUACCACAUGUGUACCUGGUGUUCAUAAAAGCCAAAACAGGACAUCAUAUCUUCUAGCACUGGAGUUACAGACAGUUGUGAGCUGUCAUGUAGGUCCUGGGAAUUGAACCGAGGUCCUUUGGAAGAGCAGGCGGUGCUCUUAACGACUGGCCCACAUUUACAGCUCAAAUAUCUUCUGCUUUUAAUCUUAUACAUGCCAUUUCUUUCUAAACAUGCUUGAAUCGGGGCUCUAAGCAUGCUUGAGUCAGGUUCUCUUCCCAAUAAGGGAGAUUCUUCAUAUAUUUAGAGCACAAUUAAUUGAACGUUACUAAAUUAACUUAUCAGAGCACACAUACAUUCUUUCCUUUGAGGUACUGAUUUCAUAAAUGAUUUUUAAGUAUGCAUACCUUAAGGUUCACUGUGAACUGUAAAUUUCUACUGGAUUUAGCAAGUGUAUAAAGUCAUAUAUUGGUCCUUAAGCUGCCAUACAGAAGUUUGGCUGCCCUAAAAGCCUGUGAUUUGUGUCUUUGUCUCAUUUCUCCCCUCUGAACCAAAGUGAAUCGUAGAUUUAUGGUGCUCACAAUUUCAUCUAUUCCAGAAUGUCAUAUUACACAGAAUCAUAUCCUAUGCAACCUGUUGGAACUGACUCAGAUGCCAUUAAAGUUUCUUCUGUAUCUUGUGCUUUGCGAUAUCAUUUCUAUUUGCUGUUUGUUAAUGCUGGGUGGAUUACCACGGUUUUACACAUGUAUUCACCUUUUAACAAUUUCACAGUUGCUUUCUCAGGUGCUGUGAUUAUUAAUAAAAACGCUAAAGGCUUC